AUGGUUGCCGGAGAGAGAGAAACCGCCGCCAUAGACAUCCCCGCAGCACCACAACUGUCGGCCGACGGCGAUGGAACAGUACAAGCAUCAUCACCGGCUGUUACGGGAUCACACACUCAGCAGAAACCGGGAGACCCGACAUGCGAGCAACCAGAGUCCGAAGCUCCUUCAUCUCCAAACGUCAAACACGGCAAGAAAAUCCCUCUUCUUCCCCUUGUCUUCAUCAUAUUCUACGAGGUCUCGGGAGGACCCUUUGGCAUCGAGGACACCGUCAACGCUGCUGGCCCACUUCUCGCUCUCGUUGGCUUCUUAAUAUUCCCGCUGAUAUGGAGCGUCCCGGAGGCCUUAAUCACCGCCGAGAUGGGCACCAUGUUCCCCGAAAACGGUGGCUACGUGGUCUGGGUUUCCUCUGCCUUAGGCCCAUUUUGGGGAUUUCAGCAGGGCUGGAUGAAGUGGCUGGGUGGGGUCAUCGACAAUGCCCUUUACCCCGUCCUAUUCCUCGACUACCUCAAAUCCGGAAUACCCGCCCUCGAAAGCGGCUGGCCUAGGGUCCUAGCCGUCAUUGUCCUAACGCUCCUCCUAACCUACAUGAACUACCGAGGCCUAACCAUAGUCGGUGGCAUUGCUAUAGCGCUCGGCAUAUUCUCCAUUCUACCCUUCCUCGUCAUGGGAUUCAUCUCCAUACCCAAAAUAAAGCCGAGGAGAUGGCUAGCCGGAGACGUUCACCACGUCGACUGGAAUUUGUACCUCAACACGCUCUUUUGGAACCUCAACUACUGGGACUCGGUCAGCACAAUAUCCGGCGAGGUCAAGAACCCGAAAAGGACCCUCCCGAGAGCCCUAUUUUACGCCCUCGUACUCGUCGUCCUCGCCUACUUCUUCCCCCUGCUGACGGGGACCGGCGCCGUCCCCCUGCAGCGGGACCGGUGGACCGAUGGAUACCUUGCUGACGUGGCAGAGGCCGUCGCCGGUUCGUGGCUGGGGUGGUGGGUCCGGGCGGCCGCCGCCGCCGCCAACGUGGGCAUGUUUGUGACGGAGAUGAGCGCCGACUCGUUCCAGCUGCUCGGGAUGGCCGAGCGGGGGAUGAUCCCGGAGCUCUUCGCCAGGCGGUCGAAGCACGGGACCCCGACAGUCGGGAUCCUGCUGUCGGCAUCGGGUGUGUUCGUGCUGUCGUGGAUGAGUUUCGACGAUAUUGUAGCGGCUGAGAACUUCCUCUACUGCUUCGGGAUGGUGCUGGAGUUUGUGGCCUUUGUGCGGCUCCGGAUGGUGGCGCCACGGGCACAGCGGCCAUACAGGGUGCCUGUGGGGACCGUUGGGGCUGCGGUCAUGUGUGUGGCUCCAACGGCCCUCAUAUGCGCCGUGCUCUACUUUUCGACGCUUAGGGUUUUUGCGGUGAGCGUGGCUGCAAUUGUGGUUGGGCUCGUUUUGCAGCCGUGUAUGAGGUAUACUGAGAGGAAGGGGUGGCUUAGGUUCUCGACCAGCCAGGACCUUCCGGAUAUUCGGUUUCGGGAAGCUCGGUGA